UAUGCAUAUGUACAGAGGACAUCAGCCAAUCAGCUGGUAGAUUCAUGGUCAUCUUUGUCCAGUCUUCUCAAAGAUUGUCUACAACUAAAUCUUGUAGCUCCCGGACAAUUUCUUCUUCUACUCAUACUAAAUGAGUUUGUACAGAAGACACCUUCAAUGGUUGAUAAGAAAAAGCGGGAAAUCCAGGAAAUUGCUCAGAAAUUACUGGAAGCAGUCUCAAAUAUAGCUGGUUCCAGUCUUGAGCAGACAACAUGGCUGAGGAAAAACUAUGCUGUAAAACCCGGGCCACAGUCUGACGAACCCGAAGAUGGGAACCAGAAUGAUGAUGAUUCUGUGGUAAUGGAGAGGAGAGUCGUUGAACUAGAACCUACAUCAGUUAAUUCUGCUGACAGUAAAUACAGUGUACAGGCCUUAGCUGCUUUGGCAGAGAUAACUGCACCAUUACUAGAUGUUAUAUAUACAAGUGAAGAGAAAGACAAAGUUCCUACAUUCCUUACAACACUACUCUAUAAUAUAUUCCCUUAUCUCAAAAGCCACAAUACAAAUAAUCUCCCCAGUAUACGAGUGGCCUCGCAGUUCCUGUCAUCAAUCAGUAGUUACCAGUAUACAAGGAAAGCAUGGAGAAGAGAGGCCCUGGACUUGCUGCUGGAUACCAGCUUCUUCCAGAUGGACAUGGAGAGUAUAGGAUACUGGGUUACCAUCGUAGAUAAUCUCAUGACUCAUGAUAAAACCACAUACAAAGAUCUCAUGGCUAGGGUAUCAAUGGCACAGACUGGCUCACUGAAUUUGUUCAGCAAUAAGGAACAAGAGAUAGAUCAGAAGGCCGGCAUGUUGAAGAGACUGGCAUUUACAGUGUUCUGUAGCGAGUCCGACCAAUAUCAGAAAUCUAUACCAGAAAUACAAGAGAAGUUAGCUGAGAGUUUACGUAUACCACAGGCACCGUCUGUUAUGGCACAAGUGUUUCUAUGUUUCCGUGUACUCAUGUUACGAGUCUCCCCUCAACAUCUCACAUCCAUGUGGCCUACAAUUAUUACAGAAUUGAUCCAUGUAUUCCUACAAAUUGAACAAGAACUAUCCACAGAAACAGAAGAAUUUGUCCGCUCUAUGCCCGCAAGUACCAGGACACAAGUUCAACGUAUUGCAGCCUUGGACUCGAGCUGGGCUCACCUUGGUAAUGGCUUAAAUGCCCACAAUAAUCCAUCAUGGAUGCAGUUAUAUCUGAGUGCCUGUAAACUACUGGACCUAUGUUUGUCUCUACCAGCUGAUACAGUCCCUCAGUUUCAACUAUAUCGUUGGGCAUUUAUUGGUGGUGCAGCAGCUGGGGAAGGUGAAGAAGACAUAGAAGAAGAAGACAAAACCAAGCAGAAAGAAACAAGAGGAAAACAAAAUCCUAGAGGACGACAGCAGUUUAAACCUCAUAUCAUAAGACUAGCUAAACUUCUAAAUACUAAGUUACAGGGAGAUAUUCCUAUGAUGAAGAUGGUACCAGGCAGACCAUUGCUGACUUUUACACAUUUGAGAUCACUACAAGAGUUACAGCCCUUCUUUAACACCUUGUGUCUGGCUAAUCAGACUGAUAAUCUAUUUAGGGCUGUAAGGCAGCUUGGAGCCAGCAGUUCACAUAACCAGUCUAAAAAUUUAACCAAUGGGCAUGGAGAAAUGACAACUUCCCUCCAGUUUGAGACAAAGAAUUCCAUUGGUCAAGGAAUACCCAAGUCAAAAUCAGUUCCAGCUUUCCCAGUCAGUCAAAGUCCAAAAAUAGAAGCAGCAUCAUCGGACAGCAAGUCUAGUCAGCAGUAUAUUGAAGAAGUUCUAAUGAGAGACUUUCUGGAACCUAUGGUUUGAAAAACGAACAAAAAAAAUUAUUUCUUUCAGAAUAUAAGGCAUCAGGUAGCCAAAGUUAACAAACUCUAAAUGUCUGUAAACUAUUUGACACUAUGCACCUAAUUUUUACCCAUUUAGUCUUUCAUGUCAAAUGAAAGGAGUAUAAAAUAAUGUACAUAAUAUACUUCAAUAUGUAAAGUUCAAACCAAGGAAAUGGCUUGAAAUUCUGGAAAAAAAAUUCUUACAAUAAAGCAAUAGACUUGGAAUAUAAGCAGACUCAAUCAAACCGAGCUUGCAACAUUUAAUAUUUUUGCCAUUUUUGGCGUUCUUUAGGGAUUCUAUUUUUUUCUAUUUGUAUGUUUAUUUCCAUUUCAAAUGCACAAAUAUACUUCUUCAUAGUCAAAUAAUACAAUUUUAUCUCUUAUUGUUUUUACAUAAUUAUGAUGAACAGUCUUUAAUGUGUUCUUACAUAUCUAUAAACUAUAAAGUUUAUUUCAUUUUCUGUCUCAAUGAAAAAUUUCUAUGAGAGAUAAAUGAGUCUUGUUAGAAAUAGAAUCACAGGUCAGGAAUAAAAAUUUUAGGAAAAGGAAGGUAUGAAACAUAGUCUAAGAUACUGUAAACUUGUCAUUCUGAAUCUGAAAGUGAUUACCAUCUGCCACUAGAAUAAAGCUAGGCCAGUCUGACUAUUUAUGAUGUAUACUGUUGUCUGACAAACUUUUUAUCAAAAGAUCCCUAAAGUUUAUAAUGGACAAUUUCAAAAAUGGAAGUUGGACAAGUUCAUUUAAGAAAUUCAGAAGGUUAAAGGUUAACCGCACUAACAAUUCUUAAUAUGUAAAUAAUUAAUUGUCAAGACGUUUGUAUAUUGUGUCAAACUGAUCUCUAGUUUAAAUGUAAGGGACUGCAUGUACAUUUUGUAUAAAAAAAUUGCUUAGUUUUUAGUUUAAGCUUGUUAUAAAAUAACAUGUAGUUCACUUUAUAAGAGCUAUAGAAUUAUUGACAUUUUUUGUGUGACUUGCAUGUUAAUCAGUAAAAAGUUUAUGAUAAAAAAGAUGAUAUAUCCGUGAAUGUUGUACGUAAAGUUGAAACUAAAUUUUUAUUGUUACAUUUAUUGAUAAUGAAAAAAUGGAAAAGGGACUGUUUUCCAUUUGAAAAAACCUAAUACAUGUUCCUGUAAGGUGGAAAUACUGCAGUAUCUCCAAUAAUUGUUAUAAAUAUCUUAUUGUUUUGUUAUUUUGUUAUUGGCCAAAUCUUAAUUGUAAAACAAUUAUGAUUCAAUUCCAGGUUUGUUAUGUUAUAUAUACAUGUAAUACUUGUUAAGUGAUUUUUUUCAUUAUUUGGAAAAACACAAUAUUGUUUUUUGUUUUAUUCCAGCAUUAUGAAAAAGUUGCCAAAAGUUCUUGCUACAAAGUACAAACAAGAAUCGAAUUUUAUGUCUGAAUUAUACAUUGAAGUCAUCCAGUCAUACUAAACAAAGGGCUUAUUUCAAAUAAUUUGCUCUUGUUUAUAUAUGUACUAUUGUUAGCCAUAUAUGUUUGGUGAUGCUUUUAUGGCAGGAAAUGUUAACAAUAAGUAAUAAGUUAAUCUGUGUCUAUUGUUUUGACUUAGUAAUGUUGUUAUUUGUUAAAGUAAUUGACGCAUUUGUUGUGGGUAAUUAUGUAUAUGAAUUUAUGUCAAACUUAACCAUCUCCUGUAACAAACUAAGUUAUAUAGAAGACAAUGUGAGUAUGGUAUAUAACAUUAUAGUACUGCAUCAUGGGAAACUCAUAGAUAUUUUACCCCACCCAACCCACUAAUGUUAUUCUAACACUCGGUUCACCUGUCCUAGAAUAACCCUUUUAUUAUGAGCACCAAGCAAGAAAUUUGGGAAAUUAAUGUAGGUGUAAGAACUAUAUAUACAUGUUUAUUCUUUUAUGACAACAGAAUGCACCAGUCAGUUCUUACCUUGGCUCCUUAAUCCCACUGGGAAUAGCAAGAACUCUGACUACGAUUUUCAAACAUCUAAAAAUGUACCAGACUGCUGAAACAGUCAUAUGGUAAAAUCCUCACUAAGAGCCCUAGCACUGGGAUUUUCACAUAUUCAUGGCCAUUUUAGCGCCUUAAGAAAGCCACUGCAUUUACAUGGCAGUGUGGUGGCAGACAAAAGGUAAAAACUCCCCUAAUUCCCCUACCCUUCACUCAGUAUUGGUAGCCAAUGGUUAUAAUUGCCUGAUGCAUUUCCAUAGAAACCUGUUUCUCUGUAUAUAGUUUGGGAUGUUCAUCAGAAGUCUUUAGUGCCAUCUAUUUAUAGACAUGCCAUCUAAUUAUAGAAAUGUUAUCUAUUUUUAGAACUUCAGGACCAAUAUUGAGUGUUUUGUGAGCUGUAAAAUGCAUUAAAGUGCUGUUUUGUUUCAUUAAUGUUUUUUCUUUUCAUGUCAUUCGAAGAUUUAAUUAUUUACCAUAUUAACAUUAGAAAAUACCUGAAUGUGAUGUGUAGUUGUUAAAUUUUACAGAUAUUUUUCUUGUAGUAAAUUUCUGCUUUGAAAUUUAAUAAGGGCUUUCUGCAGCUAUGAAAUGUUUUUGUGCUUAAAAAUUAAAUAGUAUUCUUUGUUGCUGUAUUAUCAAAAUAUCAGACUUUCAUUAAAUUUUACAGAAACACUAUCAUAUCUUUCAAUGUUUGUUUUAUCUUCUUUUGUCAAACUUGAAGACUAGUCUUAAUGGCAUCUUUAUUUCCUGAAAUAGUAUUGUACAUGUAUAAUAUAUAAAAUUGAAUGAUUUUUUAUUUUAUGUUUUAACCCAUUACCCCAUGAGCAUUUUGUGAAAAAUGGCUGUUUUCAUUGAAAAGUCUCCCUUUACAAGUUCAAGUUGCUAUAAAACUAUAAAAACUGCUUCAAUACUAAUCAAACUUGGCACAAAUGUUGACUGGACCAUUGCCUUUGUAACAACAUGCUCAGUCUGAAAUUUCCUGUUACCAUGGCAACUAGGGGACAUCUCAAAAUUGCCAAAAAUCACUAUUUUGCGUUGAUUUUUUCCAUCAAAAUUAAUUUCAAAGUGCUGCCACUUCUCAAUGGAUUGAGAUAGAGUCAAAGGCUUUUCAGUAUUGGUUACACGUUACCUUAUGAUCGACCUGGGGCCAUUUUUAGCCUCCCACAAGUCCAAAAUUUUCUUGGCGAUGAGGGGGACUCCGCCCCCCUUAAAACCCCCCAAACAGAAGAGGGCACAUCCCCCUUCUGGCAACCCCCUGAUGUAUCUUUUGGAUGGGGGGCCGCGCCGAAAAAGUGGUCAAUAUUU